UCUGCGUGGUUUCUUCAGUUGCUUCAUUGACUAACGUCUUUUGCACAUAGUACCUCUGGCCAAGAUGGCGGCUACGUUAGGACGAAUUUGUAAAUCUGGUCUUUUAAAACCGAAUUAUGGAACUUUGGUUAGUCAGACCAAUAAUUUCUCUACUACAAAAGAAUGGUCCAGAGGUCGAAAAUUGUUAGUAACGUGCUUAGGAAUAACGGCUGGAGGUAUUGGCGCUUUAAUUUAUGCUUUGGAUAGUUCUGUAAAAGCCGGCGAUCUAGCGGCUCAUCCUGGAAGAUAUAAAUGGGAUUUUUAUGGAAUGUUUAAUUCGUUAGAUCAUGCGAGUGUGCGACGAGGAUGGGAAGUAUACAAAAACGUAUGUUCCGCUUGUCAUAGUUUGCAGUAUGUAGCAUAUCGUCAUCUAAUCGGCGUUAGUCAUACGGAGAAAGAGGCGAAAGCUCUUGCUGCCGAGAUACAGGUGAAAGAUGGUCCUGACGCCACUGGAGAAUACUUUAUGCGUCCAGGAAAAUUAUCAGACUAUGUUCCAAGUCCAUAUCCAAAUGAGGAAGCUGCUAGAGCGGCUAACAAUGGUGCCUUACCACCUGAUCUUUCAUUGGUACUCAAUGCUAGGCACGAUGGAGAGAACUAUAUAUUCUCUCUGUUGACCGGAUAUUGUGAUCCACCAGCUGGAAUUAAACUGCAAGAAGGUCAAUACUUUAAUCCAUAUUUCUUAGGUGGUGCUAUUGGUAUGGGACAGGUCGUUUACGACGAAGUGUUGGAGUUUGAAGAUGGUACCCCUGCCACCGCUUCUCAGAUAGCUAAAGAUAUCACCACAUUCCUUAUGUGGACAUCUAAUCAUGAAUACGACGAUAGAAAAAAAUAUACUAUGAAGACCAUUGGAUUAGGCAUCUUUCUCAUAAGUGGCAUCAUUUACCUAAAGAGGCACACAUGGACUACUGUUAAAAAUACAAAACUACUUUUCGUCCCUAAGAAGUAGUGUAAUUAUUUCGAAAUAAAUCCGUUGAAGCUUCAGCUUAAAGAAAUUGUCUUGGCGAUGUUAGCAUCAAGGGAUGUAAUGUAGUUUUAUAAAUUAAUUAAUAUAACCGGACAUUUCUAGCACUUUUCAGACUCGGAAGCUGCCAAUAUAGCAUUUGAUGCAUGUUCGAUUCAUUAUAAAUAUCAAGUCAAUAAACUUGUGCAUUGUACAUAAAUAUGCAAACAAUGUUAUCAUCGGCCGACAUAAAUAAAUUGUUAAAAAUAAUAAA